AUGGAGAAUGUAUCUGGUCUCUCGCUUGCGCAGCUACUCACGCAAAGACUGUUCAUCCCUGCUGGAAUGAAGACGGCCAGUCUCUGCGCAAACACAAAUGGACUUCCACUGCCCAUUGUCGGAUACGAAGGCAACGAGAAAGUAGGAUACUUUGCCGCGACCAACCGAAUCGAAUGGGGCGGUGAUGCUGGUAUCGCUGCCUCGCUCGAAGACAUGAUCGCUUAUGAGAUUUACCUUGACAAAAGUCUGUCGGAUGACAAGAGUCUGUACACCCAAACGUCGCAGGAGCAGAAAUUCCGUGAUGGCACACCUGCUGGCUAUGGGCAUGGACUGAAGCGAUCCAAACUUGCGAGACAGUUGGCCAUUGCUCAUGGUGGCGCCCUUCGCGGCUUCCGACACGCAAGGAUGCAGUUCCCUUCGAAUCGUCUCUCUGUGGUGGUCAUGCACAAUUUCGAGACUUCGCCAGGCGUGCCCGCCGAGUUCAUCGUCAAGAAGGUCCUUGACGUACAAGAGCCUGAGCCCGAGGUCAUCAGUGUCCCUGCCGCAUGGAAAGGCCAUUACUUCGACGAAGACACUCAGCUUUAUAUCGCAGUGGAGGAAGGCGACAGGGAAAAGCCUGGCACAAUCUCCGUUAUCUAUGGCCCUGGCACUGGAGGAGAGACUGCUAGAUUGACUUCCGAGAAAGAAGCGAAAACAGACGGUAUGAAACUGACUCUAGAUGGGGAUGUCCUGCACGUGGAACGAACCGAUGACAAUAGGACCUUGCGAGCAGUCCGCCUUCAGCCUGUGGACAAGAAAGACUUCGGCCAAUCUUCCACCGAAGGCGUUGUGGGUGUGUACCGGAGUGAAGAAUGCGACAGCGUUUUCACAGUGACUGGAGAACGUGGUAGUCUGUAUGGCUCUUUCGACGGCUAUCUCGGGCGCGGACCUAUCUGGACUAUGAGACAGAUUGGCAAGAACCAGACAUGGGCGUUGGCCAACCCACGAGGUCUCGAUGCGACACCGCCCGGUGAUUGGACUGUGGUCUUCAAAGAUGAGAAGGAUGGCGUAUACAGCAGAGUUACUGUCGGCUGCUGGUUGGCUCGCAAGGUCGAAUAUGUUAGGCAAGGGUAA